AUGCAUUUCGCUUCACUUCUAACUCUUCUUUCUACCCUAGGAGCAGUAUCGGCAUCACCUCGCUUUGGUACGAGAGGACAUCACUUCCGCCGUGCAGGCACCGGCAACGACACAACAAACCCCUUCGACGGGAAGAAGCUUUACGCCAACCCAGACUGGGCCGAUAAGCUUGAACAGACUCAUGAUGCCUUCGUCGCCAAGGGUGACACUGUAAACGCAGGCAAGGUCCGAACCAUCCAAGAUAUCGGUACAUUUGUCUGGAUUGCGGACGUUUCUGGUCUAGCAAAUAUCGACACGGCUAUCGAACGAGCCCGUGCCGUUCAGUCUAAGACGGGCGAGCAGCAAAUUGUCGGUCUGGUACUCUACGACCUCCCUGACAGAGAUUGCAGUGCAGGAGAGAGUGCUGGCGAAUUUAGCAGCGAGAACAACGGGCUUGAGUUGUACAAGGAGACCUUUGUCAAGCCAUACGCAGAGAAGCUGGCUGCUGCCAGUGACUUGACCUUUGCCGUUGUUCUCGAGCCGGAUUCCUUGGCGAACCUUGUAACGAACUUAGGAAUCGAGUUCUGUGCCAAGGCGCAACCGGUGUACGAGGAUGGUAUUGCGUAUGCUAUUUCAAGCUUGCAGUAUGAUCACGUCAACCUCUACAUUGAUGCUGCUCAUGGUGGAUGGCUAGGCUGGAACGACAACCUAGAGCCUUCCGCGAAGCUCUUCGCCAAGGUCGUCCAGAAGGCCGGCAAUAACACCAAGAUCCGCGGUUUCUCGACCAACGUCUCAAACUACAACCCCUUCCACGCCAACCCCCGCGCCAACUACACAGAAUGGAGCAACUCGUAUGACGAGAACAACUACGCGCUAUCCCUUUCUCCCUACCUGGAGGCUGAAGGUCUGCCAUCCCGGUUUAUCAUCGACCAAGGCCGUGUCUCCAACAGCAGAGCCGAGUGGGGUGAAUGGUGCAAUGUCCAUCCGGCCGGGUUCGGUAUGCAGCCCGGCACGCCGGUGAACAACACCCAUAUUGACUCCAUCGUGUGGGUGAAGCCAGGUGGCGAGAGCGACGGACGCUGUGGUCUUGAGGGUGCACCUAGGGCUGGUGCUUGGUUCGAUGAGUAUGUACAGAUGCUGGUCGAGAACGCUGACCCUUCUAUCCUUCCGAGUGACGCUUAA